AUGGGCACAACAGUUCGAGUUUUUCCUUCUCUUUUUUCAAAUUCGCUUCAAAUUGCUGUUUUUGAUGAUGAUCUAAAACCCAAUAUGCCUCCAGCAGUGUAUGAAUAUAUAUUAACGGGACUAGGUUCAUCUAUAUUUGCUGUCGAUCAAAGAGGCUAUGUUUACUUAAAUGUACCACAUAUUGACACUGAUCCACCAAACCCAUCGAAAUAUGAGCUCAGUAUAGAAGCACGAGAAGUCAAUACAAUACCUAUCCGAAGUAGCGAACCUAUAUCGAUAACAAUACAUAUUCUUGAUGUCAACGAUAAUCCACCACGCUUCAGUUCUUCUGUUUACGUUGCUAACGUUAGUGCAAGUGGUACUGAUCGUCCUAUCAUAGAGGUUGCUGCGACAGAUAUUGAUUCCGGCGAAAAUGCAAAAAUAAAGUAUGGAAUAGUAUCAGUGAAUGGUGGAUCAAAUCCUAAUUUUCGGUACGAUGUUAAUACAAAUCAGCUGAUUGCUGUCGGCAAUUUGAAAGCUGGUGAACGGUAUGAGAUUCUUCUUGAAGCAACUGAUGGUGGUGGUCUGUCAAGCCGAACCUUAAUAAUUGUUUAUGCCAUUUCUGAGAACCAUGCAGGAUUUGCAAUGGAUGAAGAGGGAAUAAAUUUUGAAAGAAGUCAAAUUGCCGGUUUACCCAAUUUUUCGGCCUUAGAACCUCAAGUUACUUCUAGCCAACUUGAGAGCGCAGAUUCAUCAGAUACGAUUCAAACUUACGUAACUGAAAUAAGUGAAGCGACGCCACCACAUUCCAUUAUUGUUACACUUGGAAAUGAGUCUAUGGGAAAACAAAUGUAUCACACAAUCACUGGUGGAAACGAAGAUAAAAAAUUUGCUCUCAAUAGCGAAACAGGGACUUUAAUUACUGUUGAUUCAUUCGAUCGAGAAAACAAAGCUUUUUAUAUUUUACAAAUCGAAACUCGUGCAUUGAAUUGGAAUCAACAUUUGUACUGGACAAUUGUUCAGAUUGCUAUUGUGGACGUUAAUGACAAUGCGCCCAUAUUUGUUGAUUCCCAACCAAUACGAUUACGUGUAAGAAUCGAUGAUAUACAUCAAAUCAUUCCAAAUAUGUAUCUUGGACAGGUAAAUGUGGAAGAUGCAGAUGAUGGUGACAAUGGUAAGGUGGGACUUCGAAUCGCACCUCCUAUGGAUAAACUAUUCUUGAUUAAAGACAACGGUGCUGUGAUGGUAAAUGGCAAUCUCAUGAAUGGUCAUUUUGGUGAGCAUCGAAUGACUAUAAUUGCAGUUGAUCAUGGUGAUCCACCACUUGAAACUCGAGCUACUCUAAUUAUCAACAUAGAAAAUGCUUUGGAGAAAGCAACAAUUGAUUUGGUUUGUUUUUCUAUCACAACAAAUCUUAUUACAGUCGAGAAUCAUUCAACAGCAACAUCAAAUACUUUAGAGAAUACAGAUUAUGCAGAAAAUAGUGUUGAUUUCUCGCAGAGUAUUCAACGCACAUUUCAUCCUAUAUCAUCAGAAACUCUAUCCAUUUCGAUGAAAAAUGCACUACCAGAAAGCACUAUCACAACACCUAUACGAAAAGCAACAACAAACGAACCGCUCUCAAGACUUGCUCCUGUAUUCGAUCCAUCUAAAUUCACAAUCGUCGUCGAACGAAAUCAAACAAAUACUGAGAUUGCUAAACUGCAUGCCUAUUAUUUAGAUGACCAGCCUGGAGGAAUUGCAUAUGUCAUGCUUGACGGCGAUCAAUCGCUUUUCAGUGUAAAUAGCAUCACUGGAUCACUUUUUUUACUGCGGCCAGUUGAAGCAGAAGAAGGAAAUUCUUUUGAUAUACGUAUAAGCACUGCCGAGGCGACCAUAUUACGAACAGAGCCAAAUUUGCCACACACAGCAGUAAUUACCGUAGAUAUUGCCGAUACGGAAGACUGGAUGCUUAAUUUCAAGCUCAAUAAGUAUCAGUUUAAAGUGAAUGCCAAUGCUAAACUUGGUUCUGUCAUUGGUCAAGUUACUGCACAUGAUUAUGAUAUUGUUAAUCCAAGCAACAAAGUUCGUUACAGAAUUAAAGGAAGUGACACUAAUGAAUCAUAUUUCAAAAUAAAUCCUCAGACUGGUUUACUAACUGUUAAUAAAGACCUUCAUUCAUCUUCUAAUCGAAAAAUAUUGUUGAAUAUUGAAGCAGAAGAUGAAGAAAUUCCAAAUCAAAUUGCUGAAACGUUUGCAUUAAUUGAUGUGGAACCUGAGAAAAUGCUUGCUUUACCAAAAACAGAAUCAAAAUUAACUGCAAUACCUUUGACAAAUAAAUUGCAGUUUUCACAGUUGAAUUAUACAAUUCAUCUUUCUGUGCAUUCACCACACUUAUCGACAAUUUUACCUGUGUACAACAAGCCCGCAGACGAGCAUAUUAUUGCAUGUUCCAUUAUUUCUGGCAAUUAUGAAGGUCUUUUCACCAUUUCCUCGACUGCCGAUGGUAACUGUGAGCUUCAAGUUCAGACAAAUAUUAAUCAACAAAUAUUAGAUUACUACCAACUAAAUGUAAGCGUGAAAACGGAGAACCAAGUGGACUAUGCCACUGUCACUGUAACUAUCGUUGACGCAAAUAAUGAUGGUCCAAAAUUUAUUUACAAAAACAAUGAAUACAGUGGCUACUUUUCCAUCCUGCACAAUGCUGCUCCGUCAUUUACGCAUGUUGUUACUGUGAAAGUAAUUCUACUUCUAUCAAAAAAAUUGAGCGCAGAAAAUUAUAAUCCUUCGAGCAAUAACAGUAUUGAAUACUCAUUGAAUCUAUUUACAUCGGAUUCGCAGUAUUUUAUUAUUGAUUUUAAUGGAGAAAUUCAAACACGAUUAGAUGUGCCUCAAAUUAUAGAGAAAAGUCAAAAAGAUUAUUUUAGUUUCCAAGUGAUUGCUUGUGAUGGUUUUCUCAGUGAAGAAAAAUUGUGUUCAGAAGCUGACGUUUUUGUGAAUAUAGUAAAUGAUUCUAAUUUAUUUAUUUUAACCGCUCGUAACAUUCAACCGCAUCAACUGGAAGUUGCUGAAAAAGAAAUUGCCAGCAUAUUACAGAAAUAUACUUAUCCUUGCAAUCUCCUUUUCUUAGAAAAAUUAGAAGAAAGAUACGAUAAUGUGGAAAAUGCCAAUUAUAUCAAUAUGUUCUGGUGUGCUGUAAAUCCAGUCUCAAAGAGAAGCUGUCAUACUAAGGAGUACAGCACACUUUUCAAUCCUUUAACAGUACAGGCAAUUACGGCUCAGUUGCAGUCACAAAUUAUUCUCAGUAAUAUCAGUGAUAAUGUUAACAGUAGCCAAAAUGUAUUUGGAAAAAAUGCACCGUCCUCGAAAAAUUUGAAGACUGCUUCUUUUGCGAUGAUUGUAAUAGCAGCAGUAAUCGCAGUUGGAGCAUUAAUUGGAAUUUGUUUCAUUUGCUUGUGCUACACACGAUAUCAACUCAAAAUGCGCCCAAAACAUAAUAGUUAUCCAAAUAUUAAUCAAAUCCCAAAAUUCGGCACCGUAUUUUUGCCAAGUCCACCGAAUGGUAGCUCUCAUGACACUCUUUAUGAAACUCAAAUGCUCGAAAUGCCUCUUGGAGAAGAAGAUGUAAUGAUUAAAGGUGCUGAAAUAGGAAUGAGAAAUGGGGGAAUGUAUGAUUUGAAUAAUGCGCAAAGUUAUCGAAAUCAUAUCCCGAAAGGUGCAUCAGAAGAGGGUAACUUUUCAAUUGAAGAAAACAUGUAUGCAAUCAGUGGACAAACUCGACUUAAUUCUCAAAAUAACAAAAAGAUGCAAAGGGUAGUGAUACCUUGUCCAGAUUAUCCAGUAGAUCAGAAAAAAAGUGUCCUAUGA